CUCGCUAGUAUUAUGUACACACGUGGCACGUUAGCCACGGUGUCUUUCUUGAACCAAAUGCAUGAAUAAAUUGCAUUGGGAUGAUGAAGACAAAACAAAAAAUACCAUAGACGCCAGCGGUUGGUUACACACAGGGGAUAAAGCUUCAAUGGAUGAAGAUGGAUACGUGAGAAUUGUCGGCCGAAUGAAGGACUUGAUCAUAAGAGGAGGAGAAAAUAUCUAUCCGGCCGAAAUUGAGCAAUUUCUAUACCAUCAUCAAAAAAUUCAAGAAGUUGAGGUGAUUGGCGUACCAGAUAAAAGGAUGGGUGAAGAAAUUUGCGCGUGGAUAAGAUUGAUAAAGGAUGAGACUGCUACAGCAAAUGAAAUCAAGGAAUUUUGCAAGGGAAAGAUCGCCCAUUUUAAAAUUCCUCGUUAUAUAAAGUUCGUGGAUGAUAUGCCAAUGACAGUCACAGGAAAGAUGAAGAAGUAUGUAAUGCGUGAGAUUUCAGCAAAAGAACUAAAAUUGGAAUGAAACAUAAAUUGUGCUAUCAGAUAUCCCAGACAUCUUUGAAGGAACCUCGAGGUGGAACAUCGAGGAAGAAAAAUAUAUUCAGU